AUGCUCGGCGUCCUCCGCUCCGUUGCACCGCAGCAGCUCUCGCUCAACAACGAUUCCCAGCGAGUCAAGUUCAGUACCGUCCUGGGCUUUAGUGCUGUGCACAGGGAUCUUCCUUCCCGCUCUGGCCCACACUCCAAAGCUCAGCCAGACGACAAGGGAAACCUCCCAAGACGCAGCGUCGACGCAGUCACUAGCCACAGCUUCAGGAGGAAGCACCGCAGAGAUCGCUCCAACGUCACAGACGUCUCCUUCUUUGACCCACAAGUUACCUCUGGUUCUCAACCGGACUCUUCUACUUCUGCGGACAUGAAAAGCCGUGUUGCUCAGCAGUCACCUAUGACCACCCGAAGAAUCCCCUUCCGUGUAGAUGGCCAGGAUGGCCCGUGGACGGUCAGUGUCGCUGAGAACGAUCCCAGUUCUUACUCUCUUUACAUUAAAACACCAACACAUAAUCUAACUCUCACCCGCACCGCCUUGGAGAUGCUCGAGCUACAUGGUAAGCUCCGGGACUCAUUUCCUGCAGUCAAGCUGCCCAAGCUACCAAUCAACGCCUCCAUGAUCCCCACUCCCCCCAAGCGCAAAUCCGCCUUCCUGAACACCCUCUCGCGCCUGGCGUCGCCGUCCAGCAACAAAUCUGCAGGGAUGCGCCAUGUCUCAGGCCGCCAGUCUCGUCCGGGGCAGCCGCCGAGCAGCGCCACUUCGAGCGUGACCUCGGUCUCGUCGAGCCGCACGACGCCGCUCGUGACGCCGGUGAGCGAGAUCGGGGACCCAUUCUCCGACGACGGCGACAGCGAUAUGGACGUGCCGUCGACGGCGACGGUCACAAAUGGGGCGAUCACGAGCCUCGCGGCGUAUCUGACAUCGAUCGCGAACGAACCGACUCUGCGCCAGACCCGCGUGUGGAGGCGCUUCGUCCGCGUGCGCACCGACGAUCUGCAGAGCGUGCGCGUUGAGCGUGCGAUCAAACGGGUGCGCUCGGAUCUUGCGGCGCAUGUCAGCCCCAGCGGCGCUACGGAGGUCCAUCGGUCGAUCAGCCAGGUCGUUAUGAACGGCAAUGCUAAGGCUGCUGCGCCUCCCGUGGAAGCGCCAAUGGCGCCUGUCAUCAACGGUGUGCAUGCGGAAAAUGUGGAAAAUGGACUUGACGGAGGGCUUCAGCUCGAUAUCAAGGAAGAGGACGAAGGAGAGAUGGUGGAAGACGCUGUUGAAGCUGAUGUGGAGGAUGGCGCGGACGAGAUCGAUCGAGCGCCGACUCCAAGGUCGCCGAAACCCCCGUCCAUCCUCCCACAAGAGAUAGUUCCCAAUGGUGUCCCCCAUGGUGCAGAAAUGCCUGCCGUCGACGAUGUUGUCAAUGAGCUUGACGACGUUCCCGCGACUCCAACGUCCUCGGACGGCUUACUGCUGCACAAUUCGUGGAUACCUCGGUCUCAGUCUGCAGACCCCACCUCACGCGCGUCACGAAUAUUCAUCUCGUCGCCCUUGCCGCGCGAGCCCGAGUCUUCGGAGACGUCCCAGGCGGGCGACGACUCGUCGAUCUCAACGACCGGCCGGCGCGUCGCGCGCAAGAAGCGGUCGAAGUCGAUGGACCCGAACAGCGAGAAGAAGAAGUCACAGCGCAAGGUCGCCAUCGACGACUUCGAGAUGAUGCGUGUGCUUGGGAAGGGUUGUGCGGGCAAGGUCUUGCUCGUGCGGCAUAAACCGACGCUAGACGUGUUUGCGCUGAAGGCUAUCACGAAGCGGCAUGUGCUUGCUCACCAGGAGCUGCAGCAUACGUUAACGGAGCAGGCCGUCCUGAAGCGCAUGGCUGCUGAAGGCUCUGACCCAUUCGUUGUCAAAUUGUGGUGGAGCUUCCAUGACAAGGAAAACCUAUUCUUGGUUAUGGACUUCCAUCCUGGUGGAGAUCUUGCAACACAACUCGCUCGGUGGGGGCGGUUAGGCCGCGAUCGAGCUCGAUUCUAUGCUUGCGAAAUUGUGGAGGGCGUCGAGGGUCUUCACGCUGCGGGCGUGAUCUAUCGUGACCUGAAGCCAGAGAAUAUCCUAAUCGGUGCAGAAGGCCACAUCGUGCUCACCGAUUUCGGUCUCUCAAAAGAGUUCGCUCGCCGCACAUCCGCGACCACGGCUCCGCCAACGCCUUCUGAGUUCAGAGGUGACUUUACUGCCGGAACACCUACGGCAGCAGUUCCACAUUGGAUGAAGCGCGAGAAUGGUCAGGCGCUGGCAGAUGGCUGGGCACCCGCAGGACCAGUAGAUUCUACCAACACAUUCUGUGGCACUGCGGAGUAUCUCGCUCCUGAAGUCAUCCAAGGGCUGCCCUACAGUUACGAAGUCGACUGGUGGAGCUUCGGAACGAUGUUGUAUGAGAUGCUGACCGGUAUCACUCCGUUCUGGGCUGACAACCAUUCAGACAUGUACUACAGGGUUUUGCAGGACGAGUUGCAGUUCCCAGAGGACAGGACAAUGGACCACGAUACCAAAAGCUUGAUUCGCGGGCUGCUUCAACGUAACCCUGCACUCAGGAUGAAGGAACCUCGGAUUAAGAAACAUCCUUAUUUCUCAAUGAUAGAUUGGUCUCAUGUGUAUUAUAAACGCUACAUACCCCCAUAUGUUCCUCCUAUCGACCCGUCGAACGCUAGUGAUACCCAAAACUUUGACGAUACCUUCCUUGGCAUGGAGCCUAUAAUCAAUGACGAAGACGACAACGAGCAGACUGACACCGACCAGGAUCGUCAAACCGAUGCUGACCGUACUGAUGGCGAAGACUCCAUCACCACACCGUCACAAUCCCGUAGUCCGUCAGUGCACCCGUUGGAGGAUGGCUCCAUGGAUGUAUUCGAUGGGUAUUCCUUCAAGGGCCGACACUCUGUCAUCAUUGAUGAAGAUGCCGAAGCCGAAGAUGGGGAAGAUGAGGAGGAGGAGGAAGAGGAAGAAGAGGAGGAAGAGUCUGUCAGUGCUAGCGUCGACAGUCUGUUGCAAGAAGAGCUGUCAGAGCUUGCGCCUCCUGCUGCUGCUGAGGCUGAAGAAGAGAGUACAACAGUCGAGGAAGCAGCAGAACCAAAGACACCAGAGGCACGGCCAACCGUUCUUCCAGAGCCUAUUCCGCUGGCGACUGUUGCAGAAGAGCCGCAAGCUGUCGAGAAGAAUCCCGAGGUCGCGCCAAUGCCUAGCGAAGAGAUUGUGGGCACUGAGACUGUCACAGCUUCUCCUGUCGAAUCUACACCCUCGACGGCGGUUCCUGUACAUGAGGACGUCAAGCCUCAUGCGAAACAGGCGCCGAAGAUCCACCCUGUCCGUAUUCCUCCAUCUCGACAGCGUCGUAGGGAGAAGUCGGGCAUACCCGCUCUGGACCGUGACUUUGCGGACGUCAUUGACGAGGACGAAGCUGCAACGGAACGCGAAGACGAGGACGACUGGGACUUCGUCGAAACCAAUGUUGUUGAAGAGCGAAAUGGCGCCAAGGGCACGAGCUUGUUCGCGCGUGGGGUGGUCGAUCGGUAUAAGCUGGCUGUCUUCCGGAAGUCGACACCUCGCCGAUCUGCUGGUUCUCGUAAUUUCUCUGGCUUGUCCACCGAAUCGGACCUCGCUGGUUCAGAGGCAUCCGAAUCGCCCACACCGUCAGAAAAGCAUCGCCGAGGCAGGAAUCCUGGGCUUACUUUCCGCAAGCAUCCUAAGCAGUUCCUUCGCCAACGAACUCCUCCUCCACUGUCUCGGUCAAGUACAGCGACGGCGAAAACGCUGACACACUCUGCCUCAGCAACGUUAUCUGCCUCCACGACGUCCAGUGCCGGAUUGCUCACGCCGUCUCAAUCGCAGAGCUCCACGUUACCUCCGUCACUCAAGUCCAAGGAGUCAGCAAUGUCGGUGGGCUCUCCUAGCGAGUCGUCAGACCAGUCUGUCAACGGCGAGGCGAGAAAUUACGGUGGAGACACUGUUAAAGGGGCAUCCGUGGAGGAAGAGAAGCAAAAGAACAAGGUCCUGAAGAAGUACAAGGAAGGAGCCGAGAAGGUCUUGUCGAUCUUCCAGUCUCCCAAGUAA